AUGUUUUACACUGUGUUUGACCUGAAUGGGAUGCUGGAGAAAACAAUGAAAGGAGCGCACAAAGCGAUUGUGGCAAAGUCCUUUGGAGAAUGGGGAAGCGGCUCUCUGAGGGGCAGGGCCAUGGCGAAGCCGGAUGAGCUGUCCGAGGAGAGCGCAGAGCAGGAGAUCCUUUCCAAGCGCCGCACCUGUGGACCCCCGCAACAACAAGACGCAGACAUCAUGGCCGAGGUGGCGUGCCGAAACGGUUACCAUGGCGACGCCAUGGCGGUCAAACUCCUGGACCCCCGUGGGUGGUCCCCGGCAACCCGAAGCCCUCCGGAUCUAUCCCCCCGGUACGAGCUGUCGGGAGCCCUGUUCGAGCAGGAAGCGGAGGAGGAAGAGGCGGGACUCGCGCAGGAAGAGGAGGACCCCGUUCACCCCAGGAGGAGGAGCCUCACCUGCACCUCCCUGUCGCCCCAGAGGAGUCCGUACGGAGAGCUGGACCCCGAGCCCAGGUGGCGGCCCCUGUCCCUGUCCGGCAGCCGGCUCCUCACCACGCCCCCUAGAGGCCCGGAGGACCAGAGGAACGGGCUCCGCGACGCCGCCGACCGCCCCCGACCGGAGCUGGGUGUUCCCAUGGGCCGGGCCAGCUUCUUCCAGCUGGAGCAGGACGAGGAGCAGGGGGAGGAGGUGAUGAGGUUCAAGCAGCGCCCCGUGGAGGAGGAAGAGGAGAUGGAGGAAGAGGAGGUGCUGGGGUUCAAGCGGCAGGAGGAAGAGGAGGAGAGCGACGGAGAGCCACCGGAGCUGGAGAGACCGCCCCGGCUGGGGGGCUGGGCGCUGGGGCUCCAGGACAGGGCGAUGGAGAUGGGCCAGGGCAGGGUGAACCUCAGCCUGCUGGAGCAGGCCAUGGCCCUGCAGUCGGAGCAGAGGCACGCCCUGCACCACGCCUACAGGGAGAUGGACCGGUUUCUGCUGGAGCAGAUGACCAAUGAGAGGAGGCACCACCGGAUGAUCGACAUGGACAUCAGACUCAACUACCACGGGGGGAAAGAUUCCCCGCGGACGGACAAGAAGGACAUCAAGUGCCCGACACCCGGGUGCGACGGCACCGGUCACGUGACUGGCCUGUACCCCCAUCACCGGAGCCUGUCGGGGUGCCCCCACAAAGUCCGGGUCCCCCCAGAGAUCCUGGCCAUGCACGAGAACGUCCUCAAGUGCCCCACGCCUGGCUGCACGGGGAGGGGUCACGUCAACAGUAACCGUAGCACCCACCGCAGUCUCUCGGGCUGCCCCAUCGCCGCUGCAGUAAAAGUCCCCAAGCCCCCGGAGGAGAGCCCCAAAGCCCGACCCUCGGCCGACCGCUCGCCCAGGUCGAUGAACGUAAUGAAGAGGUUCGACAUGAACCAGCUGCAUUACCGGCUGUCCCACCCGGCGGCGGCGGCGGCGGCGGCGGCAGGGGCGUUGGCCGCCCUGCAGGGCACGCUGGGCCACGAGGGGGACAAGUACAGCCGCCUCCGCUUCGACCACGCCAGCUUCGACGCACAGGUCUUCGGGAAGCCCGCCCUGAUGGGGGGCGGCGGCGGCGGCGGGGGUCCGACGGAGCAGGAGGCCCCCUCGCGCCACCCCGAUUCGCCGCGCCACUUCUCCGGCUUCCUGGGCUCCCCGGGGGCCCGGCUGCCCGCCUCGGGCCCCCACAGCCCGCCCCCCCACCACUUCGCCAACGGAGACAGCCUGCAGGCCGCCGCCGCCACCGCCGCCAUCCUCAACCUCUCAACCCGCUACCGCAACAACAUGGACGCCGCCGCCGCCGCCGCCGCCGCCGCCGCCGCCGUGGGGCCCGGUCAGCCCCGGGGCCCCCCUGCCAAGGACCUGCUCAUCGAGGUGGACGAGAACGGCACCCUGGACCUGAGCAUGAAGCGAGGCAAGGAGCUCGUCGGGCCGGCCCGGACCAAGGUGCCUGGCGAGGAUCCUCUGGCUCAUCCCGAGUCGUCGAUGGCCAAGGGCGGCAGCCUGCUGAUCAACCCGGCCUUCUACCGCUCCCUGUGCGAGCGCGACGGCUGGGAGAGCCGCAUCCCCAUGAACUUCAGCAAAGUCACGCUCAUGCACGACAAGGAGCCGGAUAACUUUGACGACAUGACCCUGGAGGAGCAACACUAUCACCACGGCGACGGCGGGUUGAACAGCCCCAAAAACAAGCUGCUAUUACGGGACGCUAAGAAGGAGCUAAUGAGCUGCCCCACCCCGGGCUGCGACGGCAGCGGCCACGUCACAGGGAACUACGCCUCCCACCGAAGCGUGUCUGGUUGUCCCCUGGCUGACAAGACGCUCAAGUCACUGAUGGCAGCCAACUCUCAGGAAUUAAAGUGCCCAACACCUGGCUGCGACGGAUCGGGUCAUGUGACUGGGAACUACGCCUCCCACAGAAGUUUGUCAGGAUGUCCGCGGGCCAGGAAAGGAGGUCUGAAGCUCACGCCAAACAAGGAGGAGAAGGAGGAGCAGGAGAUGAAGUGCCCCGUAAUUGGCUGUGACGGACAGGGCCAUAUAUCAGGGAAAUACACCUCACACCGAAGUGCAGGCAGUUGCCCCCUCGCUGCCAAGAGGCAGAAGGAGUCCUCUAUGAACGGACUACCCUUUCCGUGGAAGGCAAAUAAGCAAGAACUGCCCCAUUGUCCCUUGCCCGGCUGCAAUGGCCUCGGACAUGCCAAUAAUGUUUUUGUCACUCACAGAAGCUUGUCUGGCUGCCCGUUGAACGCACAGAGUAUCAAGAAGAAGCAGUCUGGAGAGGAGAUGAUGACUAUCAAACUAAAAGCCAGUAGCGGUGUUGAGAACCGGGAGGAUGUACAACAUUUGGAUCAUGAAAUUAAAGAGCUGAAUGAAUCCAAUCUGAAGAUAGAGGAGGACAUGAUGCAGCUCCAAACCCAGCAGAUCUCGUCGAUGGAGUGCAACCUGAAGACCAUCGAGGAGGAGAACAAGAUGAUCGAGCAGCACAACGACAGCCUGCUGAAGGAGCUAGCACGUCUCAGCCAGACGCUAAUCAACAGCCUCACCGACAUCCAACUGCCCCAAAUGGGCCCCAUCAGCGAGCAUAAUUUCGAAGCCUAUGUGAACACACUAACUGACAUGUACAACAACUCGGAACAUGAGUACUCCCCGGAGUGCAAGGUGCUCUUGGAUAACAUUAAACAGGCUAUUAAGGGCAUUCACGUCUGAGCUGUGGGGUUUCCAAGAGGCUCCUUUGACUUGGAAUAAUGGCCCUCCAUUUCACUGAACAGCGCGGCCUGGCUGGGCUCCAUCUAUAC